CUUCUCUCCCUUACACGACCGUUACCGUACAGUACAGUCAAUCGUGACCGAGGAUGUUGUCCAGACACAUUGACCCAGAGGAGAUCAUCCAGAAAUGCAGGGAACAUCCCCACAAGAAGCAUGGUAGUGAAGGAGGACGCCGAGGAUACCACCAGUCCUGGAGACGCGACGAGGAUGCUUCCACCAUCCCCAAAUAUGUCAUGCCUCGGGUCGGUAUCCCAGCCAAGUCUGCGUACCAAGUGCUGCACGAUGAAACCGCUCUGGACGGGAACCCUCUGCUCAACCUCGCUUCAUUCGUCCAUACUUGGAUGCCAGAGGAAGCCGACAAGUUGAUCAUGGAGAACAUCAACAAGAAUAUCGUUGACCUGGACGAGUAUCCCGCGGCUUCUAUCAUCCACAACCGCUGCGUCUCCAUGCUUGCUGAUCUAUGGAAAGCGCCCAAGGAAGGCAAGGUCAUCGGUACCGCGACAGCGGGUUCUUCCGAAGCCAUCAUGCUCGGUGGUCUCGCCAUGAAGAAGCGCUGGCAAGAGGCGCGUAAAGCCGAGGGAAAGGACUACUACCACCCCAACAUCGUGUUCGGAGCCAACGCCCAAGUCGCCUUGGAGAAGUUCGCCAGGUAUUUUGACGUCGAAGCGCGUUUGGUUCCAGUUAAAGAGGAGAAUGGCUUCAUCAUGGAUCCCCACGACGCGCUGAAGUAUAUUGACGAGAAUACGAUUGGCGUAAUCGUCAUCCUUGGGAGCACCUACACUGGCCAUUUCGAGAAUGUGGAGCUGAUGAGCAAACUUCUCGAUGACUUGCAAGAGCGAACCGGCUUGGACAUCCCCAUCCAUGUUGACGGUGCCUCUGGUGCUUUCAUUGCCCCCUUCGCCUUCCCCAAGCUUAAAUGGAGCUUCGACGUCCCCCGAGUCGUUUCCAUCAACACCUCCGGACACAAGUUCGGUCUCGUUUACGCUGGCAUUGGUUGGGUCCUGUGGAGAGAUGAGAAGUACCUCCAUAAGGACCUCGUUUUUGAACUUCACUAUCUCGGAAGUACCGAAUAUACCUUCACCCUCAACUUCUCCAAACCUGCUGCUCCAGUCAUCGCGCAGAUGUUCAACUUCCUCAACCUUGGAUUUGAAGGCUACAGGAAGAUUGCAUACAAGGACUUGCGUAACGCCAGGAUGCUUUCGAAGGCCUUGGAAAGCACAUACUUCACUGUCAUGAGCAACAUCCAUCGUCGGAUUGAAGCCGAUCCUCAUGAAAAUCGCAACAACCAUGAAGAUUCCCCAGAGGGAUACGAACCCGGAUUGCCUGUCGUUGCUUUCAGGUUGUCAGAUGAGUUUAAACAAGAAUACCCCCACGUCCAACAAGUCUGGAUCCAGCAACUUCUCAGGGCAAAGGGAUGGAUUGUGCCCAACUACAACGCUCCCAAGGGCGCCGAGGAAGUCGAAAUCCUCCGUGUCGUCGUCCGUGAAACCCUGAGCGAAGACCUCAUCGAGCGACUCAUCAUUGACAUCCUCGAGGUUACUGAGAGUACCAUGAAUUCCAAGGAAUCGUUUAUCGCCGUCAGCGCCGCCUCGCAAGUACGAGCCCAUCCCGACCACGAUCAGGCUCGUCCCGAACUCGAGAACUUUGCGGAUGGAACUACCAUCGGUGGGCCUGAGCAGAUGGGUUUCUCCAGUCAGUGUUGAAGCUACAAUGGGCUUUGUUGAUACCAAUGAACUGUUUUGUGGAUUGGAGAUUUGAAGGUAACGGAAGGAAUUCCUGUAAGUUUCGAUAAUCGUAUGAUGGACAUGGUCAUGGACGUGUGUAAUGUGCUUGUUACGUUUAUGAUAAUAUGUCUC